AUGGCGCUGAAGGGUCAUAACGACAAGAGUGCGAAGUGUAUGUUUGUAGCGUGCCUUUCAUCUCCUAAUGAGAGCCGCGAACAACAGCACGUAUUGGUUCGUAAGAGUUUGAUUAAGAGUAAGAUGUGCCAUGAAGUUGGUCUGGUAAAUGUUCCUCAAGAUUUACGUUUUACAAGUUUCGACGGUUUACUAGUUUGUGCUGAUGAGCUUGAGAAGCAUGACCCGGUUGUUGAGACGGUGUUGAAGCGUGUGGAAUCCUUGGCUCGUGGUAUUGACAGUAGCCCUUUGAAUAUCCAUUUUCAGGGUCGUCAGGUUGCAGUAGAAACUUAUAUAUCCCGUUUUCAUUGGGAUGAUGGCCGGUUUCCUCGUUACAAUACCGUUGCCGACAAUUUGCAAACUUUGGUUGAUUUGGUUAAGAAGAUGGAUGAUGACGUGAUGGCUAAAGCUAGUGCGUAUGCUGACCUGAACAACCGUCGUUUAUCUAUGAAGAACGAUGCUGAGAGUACCUAUUUGUAUCGUGAUUUGACUUAUAUAGUUACUCCUGAAGUUGUUGACGAUCCUCAAGAUUUCAUUGAUACUGAGCAUUUGACUACUAUUUUGGUGUUUGUGCCAUCUGGUAUGGAUGAGGAGUGGUUGUCUAGUUACAUGCAUUUGUGUGAUAACGUCGUUCCUAACUGUGCUAAGCGUCUGAAUGUGAAAUGUUCUGGUCAUUCUUUAUGGCGUGUGAUAAUCUUUAAGAAUGUGCUUGAGUCGUUCAUUGAGUGUUGUAAAUCCCGUAACUGGGUGGCGAAGCCUUUCAUCUAUUCUGAAGAGCGUUAUCGCGCAAUUAUUGAUGAGAGCAGUAGGUUAGAGACUGAAUCUCAUCGUCAAGAGGCGUUUUUAUCACGUAUCUAUCGUGUAGCAUUUUCCGAUGUUUUUACAUGUUGGAUCCAUUUAAAGGCUAUGCGUGCUUUUUGUGAAGCUGCGCUUAAAUUUGGUUUACCUAUAAACUUCAAUUGUUUUUCUCUUUGGCCUACGGAUCGAUGUGACAUGAACAGUUUGAAGCAUACAUUGGACUCCAUGUUACGUCGUAGUCCUGCGGGUAACGGUACUCAAGAUCAUAACGAUUUGGAUGGAGAGGUGGAAUACGAUUCUUUUAUAAGUUUAAGUUUCAAUUUACUGCUGAUUACUAUUUGUUUAAAAAUGUUAUUGUCUUCUGGUCGUAUUAUCUGGCGGUCCUGUGUACCGGUUUCCUUUGGUCAGCGUCGUCACGUGGUGAAGUUGGCUAAGAACACUGAGGAGUACCAUGCAGCUCUUAAAGGGAGUGAAUUUGUGUUAGCUAAAUUUGGUGCUAGUUGGUGUAAGCCCUGCCAGAAGGCGAGGGUUUAUGUUGAUGAGCUGAGUGAGGAGUACCCUAAUAUGUUAUUCCUUGACGUUGAUGUAGACGAGUUACCACAGAUUGCUGACGAGGAGGGUGUCAAUAGUAUCCCAAUGUAUAAGAUAUUUAAUUGUGUUGGCUGCGGUAUCCCAGUUACAUCGUCAUAUGACUUGAUAUCCACUAACUUCCGGGGACGUACCGGAAGCGCAUGGCUUUUUUCAAGGGCAUAUAAUGUAUCCGAGGGCAUGGUCGAAGAACGCAUGAUGACAACAGGUCAUCAUGCGAUAUCUGAUGUCUAUUGUAACGGUUGUGGUAACAAUCUCGGCUGGAAAUAUCAUGACGCUACUCAAGAAUCACAGAAAUACAAGUGUGGUAAAGUUAUUCUAGAAAAGGUAAUGAGCUUAGUUCACCGUAUUAACCUGGCAUCAGAGUUUGCUAAAGGGCAGUGA